GAAUCGUCUAUUUUGACAUGCGACUAGCAAUAUAGUAUACAGAAAGACCCUUGAAGUAUUGCCAAUAUUGAACAUGGAGACCUUGAACAACUACUCAAGUCAUUCCCGAAGGAAUUCGUUGCAAUUUAAGGAAGAAUGGAUGUCGAUCGAAGGAGCAGAUAUAAUCUGUGUGAUGUCUAAGUUCUCUUGUUCUUCAUCCCAACUCGCCAGCAUUUCCUUCUCUUGGCGAACACUUCAGCAGAGUUCUUUGACUGCAGAUAUUUCAUCUCGCUAAGAACAAUGGGUGUUUCAUCAUAUGCAAGAGUGGCAGCUUCCUUGCUCACUGUGUCCUCGGUCAUUGCGCAAUCGUCGACAAUCACUGUCGACAAUCAGACCGUCGCUGUGAAUGCAUCGACGUUGAGCCCAGCUGUAGCAAUUGUCUCAGAUGAAGAUCUAUCCGCUCCUGAGACUCUUCAGCUAACCGAUGCUGUUGUCGCAAAUUUGACCAGUAUUGAUUUGGCAAAUGCGUCGUUGUUCGCAUUUGACGACAAUGCCACUUCAAUCGACGCAAGAUCGCUGGGCUGCAAAGUCUUUCCUGGAGAUCAAGCGUAUCCUUCAACACUGGUCUGGUAUAUUUUCGACCUCCUGCUUGGUCAAAGCUUGAUCAAGACUGUACCACUUGCAGCACCUUGCUACAAUGAUUGGCCUUCUGAAGAGAAUGCAGCCUUAUGUACGACAAUUACCAACAACUGGACAGACAGCUAUCUGCAUGAGGAAGACCCCACCUCAAUCAUGUGGCCUCUCUACCAAGGACGAACAUGCAUGCCAACUGAUGACCCAACUGCCAACUGCACGCUAGGUGCUUACCCCAGCUAUGCUGUGAACGUCUCAAGUGUCGCUCAAAUUCAGCUGGCUGUGAACUUUGCUCGCAAUGCAAAUCUCAGAUUGGUGGUCAAAAACACUGGCCAUGACUUCAAUGGAAAAAGUGCAGGCGCAGGGGCACUUUCAAUCUGGACUCAUCACUUGAGAGAUAUCACUUAUAUUCCAGAGUACAAUAGUACCAUUUAUACGGGAAAAGCCGUUAAGAUGGGUGCUGGUGUCCGGGCCUUCGAGAUCUACACCGCAGCGCAAUCUCUUGGAGUAACUGUUGUUGGUGGAGAAGGACGUACGGUUGGUGUUGGAGGUGGCUUCCUUGCUGGUGGUGGACAUUCCCCGCUGUCUUCACUGUAUGGCAUGGCCGCAGACCAAGUUCUCUCUAUUGAGGUCGUAACCCCAGAUGGAAGAUUCGUGACAGCCAGUUUGGAGGAGAACCCCGACUUAUUCUGGGGUCUUCGUGGAGGUGGCGGCAGUACCUUCGGAGUCGUCGUUUCAGUGACAGCGAGAGUGUAUCCAGUCCUCCCAGUGACGGUGAUGACCUUCAGCUUCGCUACCAGCACCAACUUGACCUCAACAACAUUUUGGGAGGGCGUGAGAACAUAUUUCGAUUACUUCGUGGAGUACACCGAUGCCGGCAUAUACGCUUACUUCAGCACAAUACUCACUGGUGCGGACUCAUACUCAUUUGGAAUGGCACCAUUUUUUGCACCGAACAAAACUGUAAGCGAAGUCGAAGCAUUGGUUGCGCCCUGGUUUGAUCGACUUGCUGCUCUCGGAAUCACAAUUACUCCCGUGAUUAACGAGUACAGCGACUUCUAUGACGCUUGGUGGGCGAACUUCCCUCUUGAGACUGUAGGCAUCACGAACAUCAAAACGGCUUCUCGACUCUUUCCCAAAUCGAAUUGGGCAAAUGAUACUUCGCUCAACGCCACUUUUGAUGCCAUCAAGACCACAGUCGAGCUGGGCGGCUCUUUCCUCGCUUUCAACAUUGCUGCUGCAGAGAAUGACAACUCUGACAACUCAGUGAACCCAGCGUGGCGCGGGACCUGUCUGCAUGCCAUUCUUGCCACUCUCUGGGACAGCUCCGCAAACGAUACGACCAUUGUCGAGGCUUCCGAGACUUUGACAUACGACUGGAUGCAGAAGUGGCGAGAUGUGUCUCCAAAUGCUGGUGCUUAUAUGUCCGAGGCUGAUAUUUCAGAGCCAAAUUUCCAGCAAGCUUUCUAUGGCACCAACUAUGACAGGCUGUAUGCCUUGAAGCAGCAAUAUGACCCAAAGAGUUUGUUCUAUACUCCAACCGGUGUUGGAUCCGAGAACUGGUAUAUCACCGGCCAGUUGACCGGACUACCCACGCAAAAUGGUAGACUCUGUCCAGUAUAGAGGUAUGAACGGACGCAGUUAAAAUGUUCAAUUUGUUGUAGAUAUUGAAGAUAAUUCUGUAAAUAUGCCUGUACAAGAUAAUGAUUUAUGACAGACAGAUUUGAUGCCCCUCCAUCUAAGACAUUGGUGGACAUGAAUUCGCGACUUUUAGUUCCAGAUACGCUGGGUGCUCGAGGGACCUUUGUUCUCAUGGCUCCUCAGGGCACGAGCGAAGUCAGCGUUCUUAGACCUUCCCUGUGCUCGUCGUAAUGAGGCUGAGAAGGAAGGAUAUUCGGCUAGGGUAUGGCGAUACUGAUUGCGGUUCCAAUCGAUUUGAAGCCUCGUAGUGGGGAUUACAUUUUGAUAUCCCAGAGGUAGAGCCAGAGGUAGAGAAAUGUCGUUCCGAUCAGUGUUGCUGUGUCGUUGUGUUGC